AUGGAGCUGCUGUUGGGCAUCUGGUACUUCCGGGCUCCAGGACCUCCCCUGCACUACCGGACCGUGCUGGGCAGCAGAGCUUGUGCCACCAUGGCAGCAGCUGCCUGGGGCACGGGGGUUCUCAAUGCUCUGCUGCACACUGCCAAUACAUUUUCACUGCCUCUCUGCCAAGGCAAUGCUGUUGAUCAGUUCUUCUGUGAAAUCCCCCAGAUCCUCAAGCUCUCCUGCUCACAAUCCUACCUCAGGGAAGUUGGGCUUAUUGUCUUUAGUGUCCUUGUUUUAUUUGGGUGUUUUGCCUGCAUUCUUUUCUCCUACGUGCAGAUCUUCAGGGCCGUGCUGAGGAUGCCCUCUGAGCAGGGACGGCACAAAGCCUUCUCCACGUGCCUCCCUCACCUGGCCGUGGUCUCCCUGUUUGUCAGCACUGGCUUUUUUGCCAAUCUAAGGCCCCCCUCUCUUUCCUCCCCAUCCCUGGAUCUGACAAUGGCAGUUCUGUAUUCGGUGGUGCCUCCAGCCAAUGAGAUGCCAGCAGGCACCACAGAGAUUAUAUAG